GUUUUCUCAGAUAGUGGAGUAACCGCCGCUGCCCAAUACUCGUGCGCGCUAGUGAUCCGAGCGCGCCGGCUUCAUCCACCAAUCGCUGCGGCAGGAAGAGAGAGCGCGAAGUCUUCCACACGAGCCUUCACUCGACCUCACGACGCCAGCGUUGUUAACGCGGCCACCGAAUGUGACGGUAACUCGCACCAGUGCGAAUCGGAGUGAAAGCCAGCCAGCCACCAGGACCCCUGAGCAGGCAUGUCUUGAUGCGUGGGCGCCGAUGUACAUUCAUGUGUGCCCGGUCGGGCGCGCUCCUGCCCUUCCUUUCUCGGUGCGUAUUUGGUGGUGCGAAAGAUUUCUCAGCGCCUUCCCGCAGGCGGACCCAAGUGAACUGUCAUCGCAGCAGUAAAUCGCGCUCGACGCACAACUGGGUUGCGUUCGGCUCCUGGAUACGUGAGUGCACCCGGGGCAGCGCUACCCUGCCUCUCCGCCUUCCACCCGUACUUUGUCGAAUACGAGGAAAAUAAUCGCAGAGCCCCGCUUCCAGACAGGGGCUGAGACAUGGUGCGAUGUGGGCUGUGCUGGGUUGGGCCGGCGGCCGUCCUGGUCCCAGCGGCGCUGACAGUGGCGCUCUUGUCUGGCUGCGCGCGGGCAAUCGAUAUUCGGCCCGUGCUGGAGGAAGACACGUCGUCGUUCCUGGAGAACCGUACCUUCGCCCAGCGGUUUCUGGUGCCUUCCAGCGACGGCGCCAACGGUGGAGCCAACAUCUCCCACGACGAGGCCAGUGUGCUGGAGCUGUGGCAGACCUACGACAAGGGUCUGCGUGGACAGGUGGACAACUUGCUCAGACAAGCGUUGCCGUACCUCCUCGAGAUAGGUGACGUGGGCAUCGACAUCCGCUGCGCCCAAUCGCUGCUCAAGAUCGUUUUCGGGCUGCGCAAGCUCGAGAAGUGGGCCUUCAAACUGCUGGACUCCAUCGGACGGCCCCCGUCGGGCAUCCUGGACGUGACCAUGUCGGACUACGGUGACUACGACCAGUGUCUCGAGGUUGUGUCGCUGACGCGCUCCGGCGACGAGGACUUCCGUGGACAGCACUGCAACAUCCAGGUCGAGCACCCGCACAUACCCGCCCUCACGAAACACGCCAUCGCCCGCCUGCCGCAGAUACUCAAGGAGGACAGUGUCUACAAAGACGUGCUGCUGACCUACACAAGGUUGCAGACAUCCAUUGCAGUCCGAGUGGGCAUCUGCGUUCCCUCGACGUGCAGCAAAGAGGACGUCUUCAAAAUGCUCAACCCAGCGGUCGCCAACCUGAAGCUUGGCGUCAGCGUCGCAGAGUGCGAAACGAAAGGCAUCGUCACUCUCACGGAAGAGCAGCUGGUGGCCAUAUGCAUGUUCGGCCUCUUGGGGACCGUCCUUCUCCUCGGAACGUUGCUCGAGAUUGUCCUGAAUAUUAUUCAGAGGCCAAGUUUCUGCGAAUCAUUCAGGAGAAAAGCGGACAAGAGUGUGCUGGCCACAUUCGGCGUCUUCCGCAACCUGAAGCAACUGCUGACUACAGAGGACGUGCCUUCGGCCAUGCAGUGUCUGCACGGCAUCCGCGUCAUGACCAUGUUCUGGGUGGUGCUGUCGCAGACGUACCUCAACGUCGAAUUCCAAGCAGUGCGUAGGAGGCCUCAAAUUUCUCAUACCCGCCGUGGAGUCAUUUUUCUUCCAAGUCAUCGUCAAUGGUCUCCUAGCUGUGGACACGUUCUUCUUUCUGAGGUACUUGAUAAAGCUAAAAAAGAUUUACUCGUGUAUUCGAUUGUCCUCAUUCUGCUUUUACACGCCGAUAUUCUUGCGCUGCGCAGUGGGCUCCUCCUGGCAAUGAACGUGAUCAGGAAUCUCGACAAGAAAAACGCCAAGAAGCAGACUAUCGGCAUGUUCCUCUACAGGUACUUGAGACUGACCCCUGGCUGCCUGGUGCUACUGUGCUUCUUCACCCUGGUGCCCCUGCUUGGCUCUGGUCCCAUCUGGAAGGAAAAGAUCCUGCCCGAGGUAGCCGCCUGCCGCCGCAACUGGUGGGCUGUGCUGCUCAACGUCAACAACUUCGUCCACUCCGAGCGCAUGUGCCUUCCAAGCUUGUGGUACGUCAGUGCAGACUGGCAGCUCCACUGUGCGCUCUUCUUGAUCGUCUUUCUUUUGAUGAGGAGACCAGCCUUUGGGGGCAUGGCUGCGUUUGCAGCUGUGAUCAUCUUCGGCGUCAUCAUAGGAGUGCAAACGACCUUGUCAGGUUACCCACCGACCAUGCUGCCCCUGUAUGCUGAGCGAAGCCGAGUGAUGGCGAUGGUCCAGGACGUGGUGAUGCGACCCUACACUCACGCGGGACCCUUCACGGUCGGGUUGUGCACGGCCUUCCUGAUCUUCAAGUACCCGACGACGCGGAUCACCAAGGUGGUGCAAGCGACGCUGUGGCUCUCGUCGUCACUGUGCAUGGCGCUGUCGCUGUUCGCCACGUGGAAGUGGAACCGCAACGUGGAGGCCUCCGACCUGGAGACCCUGCUCUACUCGUCCUUGCACCGCACCAGCUGGGCACUGGGCCUGGGCUGGACCGUGUACGCCUGCCUCACCGACCGAUGCGCGCUGGUGAACAAGGUGCUCUCGUGGAAGGCGUGGCUUCCGCUCAGCCGGCUGACGUACGGCGUGUACCUGGCGCAUCCGGUGGUACUCGACUUCCAGAUGUGGACUAUCCGCGAGAGGAUAUUCGGAAGUCACAUGUCCAUGCUCUACCUGUUCUCGGGCAACCUGGCCGUCAGCAUGGGAGUGGCCGUCGUAUUUUACCUUGCCUUCGAGGCACCGUUCCGGAAACUGUGCAAGGACUUCAUCGAGAAGCUGCUCGGGUGCAGCCUCCGAGCGGCACCGCCUGCUGACCCGCCAUCGCGUACGAACAGCAUCCGCGGCGGCAGCAGCAUCAAGAAGCAGCAGCAGCGGCGCCGAAACACGGCGACGGCGAACAGCACCCUGGACAUGCCCGUCAGGAACGGCGACGUGCCCCAGGAAAAAAUCGGAGUCGCGUCGGUGCACCUUUGAGCUUUACCGGCUGUUCUGCCACGGCAUGAAACUCGGUCUGCGCGUUGUGAUCUCCAAGUGAACUGAAGGCGCAGCGUGUGUGUCAGAGACGCACGCGUCGUGUCUACCACUUCCCGACGGCGGCGAGACAUCUUUGCGCCGUCUACUGCAGCCGCCCUUCGCGCACACGCUCAUUUUUCUCCUUUUAAGAAAUGCGACGUUGCACAAGCUCCAAGUGGCCAAACAGUCAUCCCGGAAUCGAGGAGCGGAGGGACGGCACCACGACGUGCGCUGUAACCAACAGAACGGCGAGCAUCUGUGACCGGAACGAAUGUGACCGGAACGAACUGUUUGCAUCCUUACGCACAGCUUCCGCCCAAAUAUGGGCUUACGAAGUCGAGUAGACUGAUAAGGUGCAACGCCUUCCACAAGCUUGGACAUCUGGUGGCUGUUGCAUACAAACAAUUGAACCCGCAUGAGCUGCCUCGCUUUAAAGACGCUCUUCGGCUUCAUGUUGGAAACAUGAAGGCCCUUUUGCAGCCCAACAUCUCUGCUGUUUCAGAGCGAUGCAUUUGUGCUAUCAGUGACGACAGGAUUAGUUGUCGUCAGCUGCAUCAGUACUACAUGGCUACCAGUGUUUGCGAUGCAUUUUCCGCGGCUUGCAGUCCGUCACGUACUCUUAAUAGCAUAUGCCGCCGCAACAUGCUCUGUCCGCAUGCGCAGUUGCGAUGUCCACACAACGAAAAUCACAUCUGCCCUUGGGGCGAGAGAGAACCUCAUGCAAGCUUGGGCGCACAAAGUCGUCGGUGCCGGGUGUUUGGUUGAUAGGCAUCGUGCUCCGGAAACAGGAUCUCAGCUGCACGAUUACGCGAGCUUCGUUUCGAGCACAGCACCAGACGGACUUCUUCAUGUGCAGUGCGCGUAAGCUGCGGACACAUAUUCUUGCCCACUUUAACUGUGCGGACAGCACAUAGCGUCUUACAGUGUGUGUGCUUUAAUAUAUGUGCCAUGGACUGGUGUCGGUGUGUGAAUACUUGCAGCCGCCAUGGUAAACGCGGUUACACAUCUC